AUGUCACUUGAGCAGCAGAUACAACAGGAAAGUGAACGAUUCUAUGUUCUAUUCGGUCGUCUAUCUGAUACACAAUGGAGUGAAGCUGCAAUGCCAGAAGUGAAGUCGCACUUGACCGCUCUUCAAAAUCAAGCUCGCCUUACAAAAAACACGAUUAAUAAGUUUAAUAUGACAGUCGAUAAGGAGUACAAACGUUUAGCCGAUCUUAAAGGACAUGGCGUUAGACACGUUUGGUACCAAGUUCGAGGUAAAUUGGAACAACGUUUGGAUGAACAAGAAAAGACAUGGCUGCGAGAGUUUGAAAAAUGCAAAGAAGAAGAACAACGUCUGGCCGUAUUACAAGAACAAAUCAAUUCGGCUGAACAACAUUUACAUCAGUGUCAAAGUACCUAUGAAGAGUAUGCGAAGACAAAAAAAGAGCUCGAUGAAUUGUUGGAGUACUACUUUUUCGGCGUUACUCCUUCUUAUCCUGAUGAAGAUGCAAUGGAGCAGAAGCUACAAAAAGAAAAAGAGCAUUUAAUUACUCUUCAAAACUACCAUCGUAUUUUCAUGCAUACGUUUGAAUUACUGCAAAAAGCCAAUCAAGCCCUCAAAGUCUCUCUACGAGCACUUAACGAUGCAUUAAACAUGAACACUUUCGACUUGUUUUCUGACUCUUCUUUUGCCGAUAUGGCAGUGAGUUCCUAUCUGGCUAAAGCUAGAAAUGCAUCAGCUCAAGCACAACAAUUUGUAAAUGAAGCUAGACGUUUAUAUCCAAGUAUGCCACAUACUGGUGACUUGCAUAUAAAACAGGAUAAUCUUGUUUUUAAUGUCAUCUUCGAUAAUAUUUGGACCGAUAUGAGUAUGAGAAAAAAGAUUCGUGAAGCAUUGGAUCGAAUCUCUCACGCUGAUGCAGUUUUAGCUAAUAUAUUAUUGGAAAUGAAGCAAAAACUAAACAAAUGCGAAACUGAUCGAGAUAUGACCAGCAAAAAUGUGAAAAGAAUGGCGGCUGAACAUUUUAGUGCGAGAGUCGCAAUUGUGAAAAACAUUAUACAACCUCCACCUCCAUAUUCAACCACAUAA